AGAUCACCUUGAGUGGUUUAAACGUAUUCCCAAGCAUAUGUAUGUGAUUUAGACACAUUUUACCUCCAUUGCCAGUUUGCUAUUACUUGCCUCUAAAUAAUUAGUGUUUUCUCUACACCAGGAUACAUUUGCAUGAGCAGCAUUCCCACCUAUUUUUGGAUUCAAUUAUCUUUUAUUUCCUGGGAAUAAAUACGAUUUUUUCUUUCAAUCUUAUUUUGCUCUUCACGUAGCAGUGAAUACAUUUUGGCAUCAUGACAUCAUUCUUUACCUUAUCCGGAGUUUUAUUAUCAGUGGCAAGUUUGAUGAUACUUGUGUUCGGUCUCGUAUCCAGUUUUGUGUACAUUUCGAGGAAAAAAUUUACUUACUGGGAGAAACUUGGAGUGGCGCAGCCGAAGGAGUUCUCUUUGCUGUUUGGCAAUACCAAAGAUGCAGUCCUUCAACGGAUUCAUUUUGGUGUGCUCUGUCGGAGAUUGUACAACGAACUCGAUGGUCUUCGAUUUGGUGGUUUUUACCAUUUUACUAAACCCAUCCUAUUGCUCCGAGAUCCAGUUUUAAUUAAAUCCGUUCUCGUUGAAAAUUUCUCACACUUCCAUGAUCGGCACGACGCAAAACUUUUGAAUGAGCACCUAGAUCCUUUGAAAUGCCAUCUUGUAAAUUUAUCCGGACAAAGAUGGAAGAACAUCCGCGCGAAAUUGACACCAACUUUCAGCCCGGCGAAGCUGCGGUCAAUGUACGGCAUAAUGACGGACUGCGCGGAAGAGGUGAACAAAUAUCUGAGCAACGCGAUCGAUGGCGCUUGCGACGGGAAAGACGUCCAGGACGUGAAGCGGCUCAUGGCCAAGUACAUGACUGACGUCACGGGUGCAUGCGUUUUCGGCAUCCGUUGCAACACGAUCCGGGAUGAGGACUCCGAAUUCGAUCGGAUGUGGCGGCGAAUCGUCACCCCGUGUUUUCGGACCCGAUUGAGGAAUCUCCUUCGCACUCUUUGCCCGUCGCUUAUCCCUGUUCUUCGACUCACGUCUCAUGGGAGAACAGCUGACCAAUUUUUCAAAAUUGUAUUAAAAGAGGCGGUUGAGUCCCGGAAGUCAAGUGGACAGCAGAGGAAUGAUUUUCUAAGGUUAAUAAUUGAUUUACAAGCAGAGGAGAGGAAUCGAUUACAGAUGAAUGGUCAUCAAGUUCUUAAAACUCAGGCUUCUGAGAAGCGGGAACAAACAGCUUCUAAUGGAAACAUUCCAGAACCUUUAUUUACGGACACUGUUGUUGCGGCAAACGCGUAUGUGUUUUUCGCGGGUGGCUAUGAGACAAAUAUCAACACACUCAUCUACUGUCUCUAUGAAUUAGCGUUGCAUCCAGGUAUCUAUGAGAAGCUCAGAAAUGAAGUGGAUUCCGUGAAAGAAACUAACGGAGGAGUUUUGACUUUCGAGGCUACGAAAGAACUCGUUUAUUUAGAUGCAGUUAUCUCAGAAACGCUGAGAAAAUAUCCACCUAUUGGUAUAAUGCAAAGACAGUGCACAGAGUCGUUCCGUAUACCAGAUUCCUCCGUCAUCGUUGAAAAAGGCACUUAUGUCUUCAUUCCUGUUUAUGGCCUUCAUCAUGAUCCUGCAUAUUUCCCGGAGCCUGAAAAGUUCAUACCUGAAAGGUUCAUAGAGAAACAAUCAAUUACACCUUAUACUUAUCUUCCUUUUGGCGAUGGACCCAGAAUAUGCAUUGGUAUGCGAUUUGCUCAGUUACAAAUGAUGACCGUUUUAUGUAACAUUAUCAGUAACUACACGAUUCAUCCGUGCAAAAGAACAGUCAUCCCAGUAAAGUACGAUGCUCGAGCUACUUUUCUCUCUCCCGAGGGCGGUAUUUGGCUCAGAUUUCAGAGGAGAUCGAAUCCUUGAAUCUAAUGAGAGGCUUGGCCGUAUGAAGCAAACGUGGCUGAAUCCACAAUCUAAGCCUGAAAUUGAUUGUAAUGAGCUGGUAAAAAGUACGCUUUCUCUUUGAAUAUAGGCAAACAUCACAAAUCACAUUAUUUGUAGUUUUAUCAAUUAUGGAGUUGUCACAAAAGUUACUUGAGCGGGAACCUUGGUGGAAGUUCUCGAAAAUUCAAAAAAAAAUUCUGGUGUCAAGAUUUAGACGGAAGAAAUUCUGAGGAUGAGAAAGAACUGUUAAUUUGUAUUUCAGUAAUUUAAUUGCGCUGGAGGAAAUAUAAAAAUUCAUACAUGAGAUUUUUUGUCUCUAAUUUAGUUUAACUAACUGCUGAAUUCAAAACGAAUGAAAGAAUAUCCCCUUGCUUUUGCCUGUAAUGUAACAAGCGCGUGUGUGGUAGUUCAUGGGAACUGAACCUAAUUCAAAGGCUGUAGAUAGUAUGAAUCUGUUACAUGCAAAAGGAAAACCCAAGUGAGAUGAUUUCUUCCGGGUAAAAUUGAAAGGAAAUACCAAUUGAGUAAGUAUAAUUUUAAGUAUUUGCACCAAAGUUUAAAACCACCAUGUUAAUCAAAAAUUAUAUACUUACAUCUGAUCCAAA